CGGGGGCAGCAGGGACCCCCCCCCAGACCCCGCUGUGGGGCACGGCGGGGGGGGACAGGGACCCCUUCUCACACACACAUCCCCACCGGGGCCGGCCGGGGAGUGGCAGGGACGCCCACCGACCCACACCCCUCCGUGGGGCCCGGCCCGGGAUGAAGACCGAGCCGUUCCCGGGCUUGGGCUGGUGCCUGUCACAGCGGGAGAACUGCUCCGGGACACGGCCCCCGGGGCUCGCCGAGAUGUGCUGGAUGGGGUGGCGUUGGCAGUAUCAAAGUAACAAACCCCACAAAGGUGGUGUGGUGAGGCCGGAGAGCACCGUCCUUGAUUUGAGAACGGUUGGGAGUGUUUGGUGGACUCUCACUACUGCCCCAGCUGCCUGGAAAACAUGCCUUCAGCUGAAGCCAAGCUGAAAAAGAACAGGUGUGCUAACUGCUUUGACUGCCCCUGCUGCAUGCACACCCUUUCCACCCGGGCCACAAGCAUUCCUGCUCCGCUCCCUGACGACCCAGCCAAGACUACCAUGAAGAAAGCGUAUUACUUGGCCUGUGGAUUUUGCCGCUGGACUUCCCGAGAUGUGGGCAUGGCAGACAAGUCUGUCGCUAGUGGUGGCUGGCAGGAGCCGGAGAAUCCUCACGCACAGAGGAUUAACAAACUGGUUGAGUACUACCAGCAGUUGGCUCAGAAAGAGAAGAUCGAGCGGGACCGGAAGAAGCUGGUGCGACGCCGAAACUACAUGCCCCUGGCCUUUUCGGACAAAUACGGUCUUGGAACCAGGCUUCAACGCCAGAGGCCCGGAGCACCGAUCAGUGCCCUUGCUGGACUCUCCCUGAAAGAAGGAGAGGACCAGAAGGAGAUCAAGAUUGAGCCAGCUGAUGCAGUGGAAGAAGUGGAACCUCUUCCUGAGGAUUACUACACAAGACCCAUCAAUCUGACAGAAGUGACGACUCUGCGUCAGCGUCUGCUGCAGCCUGACUUCCAGCCGAUCUGUGCUUCCCAGCUCUACCCACGUCAUAAGCACCUCCUGAUCAAACGUUCACUGCGCUGUCGGAAAUGUGAACAUAACCUGAGCAAACCAGAAUUCAAUCCAACAUCUAUCAAAUUCAAGAUCCAGCUGGUUGCUGUUAACUAUAUCCCUGAAGUGAGAAUCAUGUCUAUUCCCAACCUGCGCUACAUGAAGGAGAGCCAAGUCCUUCUGACUCUGACCAAUCCAGUGGAGAACAUCACACAUGUCACGCUGCUGGAGUGUGAGGAGGGAGACCCUGACAACAUCAACAGCACUGCCAAGGUGACAGUUCCUCCCAAGGAACUUAUUUUGGCUGGUAAAGAUGCUGCGGCGGAAUACGAUGAGCUGGCAGAGCCUCAAGAUUUCCAGGAUGACCCUGACGUUAUUGCCUUCAGAAAAGCCAAUAAGGUAGGAGUUUUCAUCAAGGUCACCCCACAGAAAGAAGAGGGUGAAGUGACCGUGAGUUUCAAGAUGAAGCAUGAGUUUAAAAACCUCACUGCUCCAAUCCGACCCAGUGAGGAAGGCGAUCACACCUCUGAGGUCAUCUGGCUCACCCAUCACGUGGAGCUCAGCCUCGGUCCAGUGCUCCCAUAAACGCUCCCAACGCUUGCGCCCCGAUGGUUGGCCGCAGCAUGGACUGUCACAGUGAGGAAAGCACCUGGUGAAACGUUCUGUGAGAGCUCCUUUGUGAUGUGUGGGUGUGUGCCACGGGCCCCAGCUAGGCCGCGAGAGGCAGCUGAGGGUGCCGUGGUUUGGGAUGGUUUGUUCUCUCUCCUCUUGUCGUAGUGCCCACUAAAUACCGCUCUGCUUCCCCACGCUGCCACAGGCUAGUUUAACUUGCAGCACAUGUUUCAGCACAGAGAAAGAUGUUGCUUUCUCCAGAUUCGCACUACACCUGGCUGAAUUUGGUUUUAUCAACAGAAAAGAACCCAUAUUGGUUUUUCUUCAUGUCAGCCCACAAACCUGAUGUUACAUACUCAAUAGCGAAUGACUUCUUUUUCACACAGAGCUAUGCCCUUCCCAAAGAAACAUUUUAAGAGGUGGCCACAUCUGCUGCGUUAUUGGCAAGUUAUUGGCAGCAGCAUGAUGCUUUCUUUUGGUUUUCUGCUUCCUCGUAGGAUACCUCAGCUGUGGGUGAUUGGGACAUACAACCCUACCACUCUGGCAUGCAUAGCUUGCGUAGCCAAGGUGAUAGAUCUGUUUUCACAAAGGAAAUGAUCAGUUUGCCUUUAAACCGAAAACAUAGUGUACUGUAGUGUUCAUGGAUUUGACUGGCAACCGAGCCCACUGUCAGCCCGCUGCAUUGCAGGUGGAUGUGGUAGCAUGACGUGCUGCGAGCUGGGAAUUCAGGUUCUGCCACAGCUCUUGACUGAGGCAGGGAUGCUCCAGAGAGGCUGCCUGGCAGUCUUCAGAUCAAUUAAUGUGUGUUAAUAGGGGUAGCGAUCAGGGUAUGAAACCUGGAGAGUUAAGAUUAGGUCUGGUAUAUGUAAAACUACAGAGGCUGUUUGAGUUCAUACUCUUGUCUUUUUCCAGUUAGGGUGGGUGGGAGGGAGGUAUAAAGGUGGGAAGACAGUUAUACGUUAACUAGCAUACACUGUACCAUGAGGUAAUCUAUCUGGGGUAUAAUUUGGCUGUAGUCCAAGCUAAAAUCAGUAAUUAAGAGCAGUGUAUCCAGGGUACUGAAUUACCAGUAACUCCAUAGCUUAGUGCAAGCGGGUGAGAUCGCUCUUCCUGCAGAGCAUUCCCAGUUCAGACAUUGACCUUCGUUAAACAUUUCUGAUGGGCUUUGAUGUGCUGCUGUGCUGGGAAAGGCUUGAAUCCCAGCCAGCCGCGGUUGUGUUGCUCGAGACACUUGUGCCAUGGUUCUGCCAGCCUGGAGCUGCAAAUCCUCUGCACGGGAGGGCGGGACGAGGCUGUCCACUCUCCCGGGGAGGUGGUGGUGCAGCACCCAAAAACAUCUCCCGUAGCACGAGAAAUCUGCCUUGGUGUGCCGGGGGGGACCGCGCGCCUUACAGCCUAGAUCCUGCAGCGGGUCUCAAAGCGGCCGAGGCAUCACGUUUACAACUUCGCGUAGGUUACACACAGUUGUACAGCAUGAGUUUAAGACUUGUAGUUCGUCGUUAAUGUCUAGUGCUAGCGCCUGCUGCGGCUUUACCUGUCCAGAUAACAAAGCACUUAACCUUUGGCUGUGACUUCUUUUCAGUAGCUGAAAUAGCCGCUACAUUCACAACACUAAUGUGGAAAAGAGCCUUCCAGGGACAAGAUGGCGGCUGACCGAGGCCUCGAGCUGCUGUCCCCCUCCGGCGCUGGGCUGGUGUUUGCACGACCUGCUCAUGAAUGCUCGGUUUCUCACUGAAAACAAAAAGCUGCGUUGAUUUAUGAUAUUCUGAGCGGUCUAAUUAGCUCGGUGAGGUUUGGGUUUUUUUCCUCCCCUCCCCGUAGGUGCUUGUAGGUGAUAGGAAAGGUGUGUCCCUGCUCCCCUCCCUGACAGGCGACUGUUGCCUUACUGCUUGACGUCGUG